AUGCUUCCUACUGUCUUAUCGACAGUUCCGAAAUGCUUGUUAUUUUUCAUAGCAGUCAUACUAUCACAGUAUAAAAUUGAGUGUAGAUCGUCAUUAUUGAAUGUAACAGAUCCAGAAACUUGGAAGAAGUUGGCAGAUGAGAGAUUUAAUAAAUUUGAACAAUCAUUAACUUAUUUAUUACUUAAACGACCAAGAAAUAUCAUCUUAUUUAUUGGUGAUGGUAUGAGCUUGAACACUGUUACUGGAGCAAGAUAUUUGAAGGCGGAGAGGAUGGAUGUUUUAGGUGGUGA